AUGUCCGUGACGGGACUCGGGCUUAGAGAGAAGGCGAAAGGCGGCUGGCAUCCAAAAGGCAAAGAUGGGAAGAAGGAAUCAUGGCGGGGUGAUUUCAAAGGGGUCAAUCAAAUUUCUGGAUGGAUGGGAAAGGGGAAGGACGGUAAAGAAGGCGACGAACAUGUCUCGCGCCCUUUAUCUACCUUGAAGGACCCAUCAGAAUUUGGCCCACCCCCGAAGCAUGUCAAUUACUAUGGAGCGGGUGCUCAAGGUACGCCUAGAAGUGAAGGCCUGGGAGCACCACUUUCACGAGAAUACAUAAAUGAAACGCAAGCACAAAAGGAAGCGGAAAGGAAAGCAGAAGAAGAAGAAGCAGCGAAACCGAAACCACCACCUAUGCCAUAUCGAGUAGAUACCACGGGACUGUCUACGGCCAACCUACCACCUCCUCCUGGCCGCAAAGAUAGAGAGGAUAGUAGGACUCCUCCACAGGCUGAUAAACGCAAACCGCCAGGUCUCCCACCACGAUUACCGCCUCGACAAGAUUCAUACCCCUCGAGCUCCUCUCCGUCUCCCAGCUACGGUACAUCAACAGCACCUCCAGAUUCUCACAAAGGGAUACUCAAUCAAGGCUCCCUAAAUAGGCUAGGUGCGGCCGGUAUAUCAGUUCCAGGUUUCGGUGUUGGAGAAUCAAAGAGCAAGCCAACACUACCUCCCCCAUCUGCAAGUAGCUUGUCCCACGCCUCGCCUCCCCCUCCACAAGGAAACAGUUCCCCAAUCAACGAUCUCCAAUCCCGUUUCUCUCGUCUCUCGCCAACCUCACCCAAACCGGAAAGCCCCAGUGAAGGCACUUCAUUCGCUCAAAAGAAAGCUGCAAUGAAGACGGCGACCGAUUUUCGAAACGACCCUUCAUCGGUAUCAUUAAAAGAUGCCAGAGCGGCCGCGAGUACGGCAAAUAAUUUCCGAGAAAGACAUGGUGAUCAAGUGGCAUCUGGGUGGCAAUCGGCAAAUAAGCUAAACAACAAAUAUGGCGUUGCAGACAAGCUGGGAGGCUUGAGCGGCACAAGAACCGCACCCGCCCCGCCACCUGGACUUCCACAAGCCCAAGAACAAGAAAACAUAACUGGAGCACAUGGAGUAAACAGACCCCCCGAUAUGGCGGGUUUAGCAAGGAAGAAACCACCGCCUCCUCCUCCAAUGAAGAAGCCCGGGUUGGCUGGCUCAGCUGUAUCUAAGGAACCUCGCCCACCUCCCAUCCCUCUAUCGAGUAAACCGAAGCCCCCAGUAAGUGGAUAUCAAUGA